AUGGAGUCUGAUACCAAAAAAACAGAAAAAAACUGGAAACACUCUCUACUCUACCUCACCUUCAUUAUCAUAAUCAUUCACCUUACACAUCAAAGCAAUUUCUCACGUAAACUCACAAUCGGCAACGAAACGGUGCGGAUCAAGAAAACCUCCGAGCUUCCUCUCCGGUUCCGUUCCGACGGUACCUUCAAAAUCCUCCAAGUUGCUGAUAUGCAUUAUGGAAAUGGAAUAGUAACGAGAUGCAGGGAUGUGUUGGCUUCUGAGUUCGAGUUUUGUUCGGAUCUUAAUACUACUAGGUUUUUGAAGCGGAUUAUUCAAGCUGAGAGUCCUGAUUUUAUUGCAUUUACCGGAGAUAAUAUAUUUGGACCAAGCAGCUCUGAUGCUGCCGAAUCUCUGUUUCAAGCCUUUGGUCCUGCCAUUGAAUCAAGACUUCCUUGGGCUGCAAUUUUGGGAAACCAUGACCAAGAAUCAAGUUUGAAUCGUGAAGAAUUAAUGUCCUUAAUCUCCCUUAUGGACUAUUCAGUUUCCCAGAUCAAUCCUUCAGCUGACUGUCUUGCUGAUUCUGCAAAAGGCUGCACGACAUCUAAAAUUGAUGGUUUUGGAAAUUAUAACCUAAGAGUAUAUGGUCCCCCAGGUUCCAUGCUGGCAAAUAGUAGUGUUUUGAAUCUUUUCUUUCUUGAUAGUGGCGACAGGGUUGCUUAUCAGGGAAUUCGAACUUAUGAUUGGAUCAAGGACUCUCAACUUCAUUGGCUGCGUCAUGUAUCUCAGGAACCCCAGGGACAAGAGCAGAAUCCUCUUCAAUCUACUGAUCAUGAUACUACCCCAAUUACACCGCCAUCACUUGCAUUUUUCCAUAUUCCGAUCCCAGAAGUUCGGAACCUGUUUUACAAAAAGAUUGUAGGCCAAUUCCAAGAGAGGGUAGCUUGUUCACUGGUGAACUCACCGGUCUUGCCAACGCUUGUCUCGAUGGGAGAUGUGAAGGCUGUAUUCAUAGGCCACGAUCAUAUAAAUGACUUUUGUGGAAACUUGGAUGGCAUAUGGUUUUGUUACGGUGGUGGCUUUGGCUAUCAUGCCUAUGGAAAAGCUGGGUGGCCUAGAAGAGCAAGGAUUAUACUUGCUGAACUUGAGAAGGGAAGAAAUUCUUGGACAAGGGUGCAGAGAAUUACAACAUGGAAACGACUUGAUGAUGAGAAGCUGAGCAAGAUUGAUGAACAAAUCCUAUGGGAUCGAUUGUUUUCUAGAUGA